AUGGCAGCGUUGAAGGUUUCGUCUAUAAAAAUCAUACGAAAUAAACAAACCGGACAAUCUGAAGGAUACGGAUUCGUGGAGUUUAACUCUCGAGCAACGGCUGAAAAGGUUUUACAGAGCUGUAAUGGUUCUCUGAUGCCAAAUACAGAGCAGCUUUUCCGUCUGAACUGGGCUUCGUUCGAUGUGAACGAAAGACGAUCUGAUGCUGGCUCCGAUCUAUCUAUAUUCGUAGGAGAUUUGGCUGCCGAUGUAACUGAUACGGUGUUGGAUGAAACCUUUUCUAGUAAAUUUCAAUCUGUCAAAGGAGCAAAAGUUGUUAUCGAUUCGAAUACCGGUCGUUCGAAAGGUUAUGGUUUCGUUCGGUUCGGUGAUGAAAAUGAAAGGUCGAGGGCCAUGACUGAAAUGAAUGGAGUGUAUUGCUCAAGUAGACCAAUGAGAAUUAGUGUUGCCAUUCCCAAGAAAGCAUUUGGAUAUCAGCAACAGUAUUAUUCGCAAGGUAGACAAGCAUUGAAUGGUGCUGUGGAACAAGGUCUUCAUUCUCAUAACGACUCGAACAAUGCUACCAUUUUUGUUGGAGGACUUGACUCGGAUGUUAGCGAUGAUGAUCUUAGACAACCCUUUUCCUAGUUCGGUGAGAUCAUCUCUGUGAAAAUACCACCUGGAAAAGGAUGCGGGUUUGUGCUAUUUGCAAACAGGUGACUGCUCCCUAUAUGUACUUCACCACAUUGUAGUACUAUUGAUGAGUGUUCUUAUUUGCAAUCUAGAGCUUGAACGGAACAACCAUAGGCAAGUAGGCUGUCCGACUUUCUUGGGGUCGAAGUAUUGGAAACAAACAGCGGAGAGCUGAUUCUGGAAACCAGUGGAAUGGAGGUUAUUAUUGACGGCAAGGCUACGGUGGUUACGGCUACGGUUACGGUUAUGGCUAUGCAACACCACCAAGUCCGGAUCCUAGCAUGUACGCCGCUGCAGCUGCCGUUCCUAGUGCUUCUUAAGAGUGGUGAGGUGCUUCGAGAGUUCAAUCAUGUUAAUCCACAAACGGAGUUUUUGAAAACGAUUCAUAAGUUAGCUGAUACGAUUAUUAGAGGGUUGUUGAAGUAUUGGCCUUUGACUAAUUGUCAGAAGGAAGUUCUCUUCCUCGGGGAACUUGAGGAAGUACUUGAAGCAACACAGUCUGUGGAGUUCCAACGAUGUAUGGUUCCACUUUUCAGACAGAUUGCGCGUUGCCUCAAUAGCUUACAUUUCCAGGUGACCGAGAUUCCUAACAAUUUUCUUUAUUGCUGGAACAAGUCUUAACCAAGAUCAAGAUCAAAGUACUGCACUAAGUUAUAUAUGCAAUCAUUGCAAUACUUUGGCUUCAUCUAAAGCUUGAACCAGCCCUCUGUUGUAUAUUGUUUCUUCUUCUUUUCUGAUCUUUUUCCUUUGAUUAAUGAGAUGUGAUAAUGAUUUGGCAUUAUUUUCUCACCAGGAUGAAUUAUGUUUUAAAAAUUCUAAUACUUUGUGUGUCUGUGUGUGUUUUUUUUAUGUAUUAAAUUACAUAUUGAAUCAAUGUUUAUGUAUUAAAUUUAAAUUCAUUAAUUUUUAUAUUUAGUUUUGAAGUUUAAAUUUUAAUGGAAAA